AUGGCCCGGCUAAGCCGUCUGCAAUUUUUGGGAGUGGCCAUAACUUUCCAUCUGCUCUAUGUCUGUUCCACUUUCGAUGUUUACUUUGUGAGCCCCGUCGUGGGGGGCAUGAAGGCCCACCGUGUCCAGACUUCCGGACCUCCUCCCGCUCGACGCGUUGUGCUCUUUGUCGUCUCCCACACACGAGUGCCAACCGAGUCGCGCCCAGGCCAUGUGGCCCUUCUCGCGGGCCUCUACGAGGAUGUCUCCGCCGUGACCACGGGCUGGAAGCUGAACCCAGUGGGUUUCGAUAGUGUACUGAAUCGCAGGCGGCAUACAUGGAGCUGGGGGAGCCCGGAUAUCCUACCCAUGUUUGCCGAGGGAGCAGACCCGGGGCGCGUGGAUACAUAUAUGUACAGCGCGGAUGCGGAAGAUUUCAGCAAGGAUGCCACUGAAUUGGACCGCUGGGUUUUCGACGGCGUCAAGCGCUUCUUUUCUUCAGCGGCGGAGGAUGGAGAAUUGGAAGCAGCGCUGAGACAGGAUCAAAAUAUCUUCUUUCUUCAUCUCCUUGGCUUGGAUACGUCGGGCCACUCCUACCGUCCCUAUUCUCGCGAAUACCUGUACAAUGUCCAGGUCGUGGAUCAAGGGGUGCGGGAGAUGACUGCUCUAUUCGAGGCCUUUUUUGCAGACGAUCAAACGGCCUUCAUAUUUACCGCCGACCAUGGCAUGACUGAUAUUGCUGUCCUAAUAGCAUACCUGGCGGGAAUCCCGUUUCCAGUCAAUUCGGUUGGUCAGCUUCCUUUGUCAUAUAUUGAUGCGGACAAGUCAGGCCACGCGGAGGCGAUGCUUGUAAAUACCCAGGAGAUUUUAGAGAUGUAUCGAGCUAAGGAGCAUCUUACAAUGGCCAGGAAGCUCUGGUAUAUACCUUUCGCGGGGCUGACUGACAAUCGAGACCAGACAAUAAGCCAAGAGGAGAUAAUUAGUCGGAUCCGCGCAGCAAUUGACCAGGUAAUUAUCUCUAUUGUUCUUCUGGCACUUCUGUAUCGACAGAGUUCCCCUUAUCAAUACUACGCUUACGCCACGUUCCCGAUUCUCUUUUGGGUAGACGUGCUGGCGUACCGGGAGUCCUGGAUCCGAGUUGUUAGGACGAACUCCAAGCAAUUUUCCGCCAGCAAUGUGACUACAGGCGCUGUGGGUGGAUUGGCGCUUGGCCUUCUUCUGGAAGCGAUCGUCCAAAGCUUUCACGACCGAACGAUUUACACGCUGGUCUAUCUUCUCGCCAUCUUCUGGCCGGUAUUAUACGGCGCGGAAUUUAUUCUGGCCAAUUGGUUCCUAUGUUUGGCAUGGGCGCUCCAAUGUGCCUCCAUGAGCAUAUUCACACUUCUUCCUGCAAACAAAACAGAGGACACUACUCUGAUGUAUAACGGCACCCUGGGCGGUCUACUCAUAUUUGCAUUCGGUGUGUGGCAUCUAAUGUGCGAGACGAAGAUCCUCAACCGAGCAUCCUCGGGGCGUGAAACCGUUGCGACCGACCGAAUCUCGAAAGUGCUUCUGACAUUGCAGGUUGGAUUAGUACCUCUGGCCCUUCUUGUUACACUUUCUGCUGCAGAAUCUUUACGGUCUAAGGAAGGACGCCCGCGUCUUACGCAGAUACUGGGCUGGGCAAUCCUUGUGACCUCGUUUACGCCCCUAUUCUUUUACCCUCGAACCGGAACCCACCGUCUGCGGCAUGGCACGCUCUUCACCUGGGUGCAGCUAGAGUCCCGAGUCUUCCAGUUCCACCAGCUCCCUCCUAUCAGCAGCAGCAGCAAAGAAAGCAAUCCCCCCUUCCAAGUCCGAUCCCUCUAUCUCUCCGAUGCCCGCAUCGCUCUCUUCUUCCUUUACCUCUCCCACUCCGCAUUCUUCAGCACCGGCAACAUCGCCUCCAUCUCCUCCUUCUCCCUCGAUGCUGUCCUACGCCUGAUCCCUGUCUUCGAGCCAUUCAGUCAAUCUGCCUUGCUGAUCCUCAAGAUCCUGGCGCCCUUUGUCCUUGUCUCGGUCAACCUGGGCAUCUUGACCCGCUCGUUGCGGUUGCGGCCCGGUGCGCUUUUUGUGUUAGUCGUCGCCGCGAGCGACUAUCUGACGCUACGGUUUUUCUGGCGUGUGCGGGAUGAGGGCUCGUGGUUGGAGAUUGGGGAGAGUAUUACAGUCUUUGUGCUGGCGUCGUUGCUGUGUGGGUUUGUGGCAGGGCUGGAGAUGAUUGGGGUGGGGGUUGUUGGGGGGCUGCCGGGGGGUGGGGUUGAUGGUGUCGAUGGUGUUGUUUCUGCCGGUGAGGAGAUUGAGAAGCGGAAGGUUUUGUGA